AUGGGCUGCCUCGAGGAUGAUCCAGUAAUCUCCUCGUAUGAUGUCUUCCUCACGGACUCCGAAAUCUCUCGCUACGUCUUUCAAUACCUCGAUCGGCCUGGCUCGAAGCCAUACAAUGAGCGCCACGGGCAAAAGCCAACCGGACUGCGUAUGAAGCCAGGUACUGGCUUGGUUGAGCUAGAGGUUCCUAUUUUUACCCGACCUGGUGCAUACGAUAUGAACAAAGGACUCAAAUAUGGUGAAGCUAUGAAAAAGGGGCCGCGCCGCACGCGAUGGUGGAGCUUACGUGGUGGGCGAGUAAAGUCGGAAGGCGCAGGCGAAAUGGAAAUGCUGGAUAACAAGAAAAUGAUGGACCCCUCAGCUUUGGUCCGGACACAAGCGCUGGGUGGCCGCAUCAAGCCGGCAGAGGAGGGGGACCCGGUUUAUAUGCUGGCCACCUUUAAAGGAAAAAAUCUACACCUCUCUCCCGUGUCUGCCGUCGUCCAAUUUCACCCACAGCUGCACCAUCUCGAUGCUUUGGAUGAAAUGCCUAAGGGGAAAGGCGCCAAGGGAAAGAGGGAUGAUGAAGAUCGACCGCCAGAAAGUGAAGCCCGUGCAAUUGAUGUGAAAAUCAAGGGCGCCGAGGAUGGAGGGGCAAUGCUUCAGGGUAACCUUGAUCUGUUGAAGCGUAUGCAAGAAGAAAAAUGGAAGAAAUUCGAUUGGAUUGAUGCCGAGACCGAAGAAUCAUGGUACACAUACGAGAAUUAUAUGAUGAAUCAGAAGCCCGAGGAUCUACCUCAGCUAGAAGCUACAAUCAAUAGCGAAGCCUAUCUAGAUGGAAUGAGCGCUCCUCGGAUCGACCCUGCACACCCGGAAAUGACAGGAUGGGCUAUGAAGCAAAAUCGUCAAAAACAAAAAGGAGGAUCUGCCGACAGUGAGGACGAGGAAUGA